AUGACGACCGAAAGUCGUAUAUCUAAUCGUUUUCUUGACGCUGACAAAGAGCCUCUUCGAGCCUUAACACCCAUUGAAGGUUAUGAAAAGAAGCCACUUGUGUCACUCGAAGAAGCUGUUCAACCAUUGAGAAAUCUGCUCCAUAAUCUGGACAAUAUGGUAUCGACUGCCAAGUGGAACACGCGUGAACCAUCAGAUAGUCUCACUCCUGAUGAAUCAGCCGCUAUUCAUCUAUAUACGAUGCAAUGGCAAAAGCCCCAUCCUAGUCUCUACACACUUCUUAACGAAACAUUGCGUUCUGAACAACGAAUAGAUCUUAUACCAUGGUUUCUUUAUCUUAAACUAUUUCUCACUGCAUUAUACAAACUUCCAUCAAUCAAAGAUACGAUUUGGCGUGGUAUUCGUGGGGAUGUUAAUAAUCAAUACAAAACAGAUCAGAUAUGGUGGGGCAUCAGCUCAUGUACAGACACAAUGGAAGUCAUGGAAAGAUUUGUAGGUCGUUCGGGUGUACGUACUUUAUUUAAUAUCGAAGCCGUCAAUGGUAAAGCGAUCAAAGCACAUUCUCAUUUUCCAAGAGAAAAUGAAAUUCUUCUGAUGCCUGGUACUUAUUUCAAAGUGAGAGGCAAAUGGAGUCCGGCUGAAAACUUGUUCAUCAUUCAGUUAAAAGAAACAGAAGCUCCAUGGCAAACGAUAGCUCCACCUAAUCAACCGAAUUUGCCUGCCAAUCUAUGUACGAUAAAUAACGCAACAAUAUUGGAGACAAGUGAGUCGGUAAAAUAUACAACAUCGGCUACAUCGAUUGUGCCACUAGGUUCUACUAAUAUUAGUGUCCAUACACGAUGGUCACAGAACGGCGUAACUGUGGCUGGAGGUAAUCAACAAGGUGAUAGAUUUAACCAGCUCAAUCAUCCGUGUGGUUUAUUUGUUGACCAUAACGAAAAUAUUUAUAUUGUUGACCGCUACAAUCAUCGAGUUGUGAAGUGGAAAUUUGGCGAGACUAGUGGUCAAGUUAUUGCUGGAGGAAAUGGUCAAGGAAGUGGAUAUGAUCAGUUAAGUCUUCCUACAGAUGUAAUCGUCGAUAUAAACACUGAUAGUCUUAUUAUCUGUGAUGCAGAAAAUCGACGAGUGGUACGAUGGCCUUGUCAAGAUGGCAUACAUGGAGAAACAAUCAUCUCGAAUAUAGACUGUUUCGGUUUAACGAUGGAUGACAAUGGAUUUCUUUAUAUUUCUGAUGAUAUAAAAAAUGAGGUUACACGUUGGCGAAUAGGAGACACUCAUGGAGAAGUAGUAGCAGGUGGUAAUGGAAAAGGGAAUAAUUUUGAUCAGUUCAAUCGCCCAACUUACAUAUUCAUCGACAAGGAUUAUUCACUAUAUGUAUCAGAUCAUAUCAAUCGCCGUAUUAUGAAAUGGAUGAAAGGUGCAACCGAAGGUAUUGAAAUUGCCGCUAGUUGUGGUUUUGAGAAUGAUCCUUCACAAUUGUCACGUCCUCGAGGAUUAAUUGUCGAUCAAUUAGGUACCAUCUACGUAGCUGACUUUGAGAAUCAUCGAAUUAUGCGUUGGUUGAAAGGAAACAAGCAAGGCAAUAUCAUUGUUGGUGGAAAUGGUAAAGGAAGAGAGCCAAAUCAGCUCGAUGGUCCUAAUGGUUUAUCAUUCGAUCAGCAGGGCAAUCUCUAUGUUGUCGAUUGUGAUAAUAAUCGAGUGCAAAGAUUCGAUAUUGAUUUAAGUUUUUCAUCUUAG